UACUGAAAUAAAAGAAAAAUAGAAAUUAACUAUUUCUUUUUAAAAAAUAACCUAUUUGAGAUAUAAUCUAAAAAGUUAUUUGUCAUAAAAGUCACGAGAUAGAUGUCAAAUUGUUAGAAACUUCUCAUGAUGUAUAAUCUAAUUCAAUAAAUAAUUUUAAUUAUCCAAUCAUCAAUUUUUCUAUUGUAAAAUGAUAAAGCAUCUAACGUAGAUACUUAUAACGCAGGACUAAUGCAAUAAGACUACAAAAUACAUAUUUGCAUAACACAUACAUACAAAUAUAGGUACAUAUUUACAAGAUGAAGAUGAAAUAUUAUACAGCAAAGAAUGUAGCACUUAUGUAGCAAUAUAAAUUUAUAUAUAUAUACUAUAUGUUCAUAUAUGUAUACAUGUAUUAAAUGAGACAAUCAGCUGUUAUAUUAGUAGGUUUGAAACACGUGUUCUUUUUGUCUUCGACAGAUAUCAUUAAAUGUAAUUGAACAAAGAAGAGAGACAUGUGGAUAUGUCACGAGUUAACUAUCCAUUUUUAGAGAUAUAUGUGUGGAAUUGAAGCAAAGGUUGAUAGUUAGAAAGUAGUCGCUUCGAAACGUGAUUAGUGAUUAAUAUUCAUAUGUAAAUGAAAAGCGUAUGCUCCACAAUCCAUGAUAAUAAGUGAAUCAAUUGAGCGUUCGUUUGCAUUCGUCUAUACAUUAAUCUAACUUGUUGUAGCAGUACAUUGUUUGGUAUAUGAGAGAGGACAUGAAUAAAUUCAACAAACACUUGCGAUGACGUAGGACAAACUUUUUUUGAGCCUACAGUGAUGAAUUUAGCCUGUUUGUAAUAUUCUCAAGUGACAUGCGUGUGCGCAAAUUUUUAAAAGGAAGUAGCACGCGCAAAAUCCUGUGUUCUACUAUCUUUUAUUUUUGAUAUAUCGAAAAUGUUCAUUUAAAAUCCGAUAAUAAAAGCAUAAUUUAGUAGUUCAGUUAUUCAUUAAAUAGAGUUUGUAACAUUAUUAUUGAAGUCAGCUAACGUUAAAAAGAUUGUGAGAAAUUAAUAUUUAUAUUUAUACUAAAUUUAUAAUUGUAAAAAGAGAGUGUACUUCAUUGUUUUAUGCAAAUUUUAUUUGACUUUUAAUGGAGUGGUGUAGGAAAUUACUUCACAAAAGAAAUAUUAUUCCUGUGGAUGAUGAGUUGGAAACUGUUGAUGAAAGAAAAGAGCGAUGGAGAAGCAUCUAUGCAAUUUAUUUUACUAUGUUUCUUAUGUCGCUUGGAUUCAGUAUUAUACUCACAGGAGUAUGGCCAUAUCUUGAUAAAUUGGAUAAAGAUGCUGGUAAAGAGUUCAUGGGAUAUGUAGUUGCAGCAAAUCCUUUGGGACAAAUGUUAUUCUCUCCUUUAGUAGGAUGGUGGGGAGAUAGAAGGGGAUCUAUAAGACUUCCACUUUUAUCAACAUUAGCUCUAUUUACAUUUGCAUCAGGAUUAUAUAGUGUCCUUGAGAUUGUACCAGCUAAUAUCGCAGUAGCUCGAUCUUAUCUCUCAGCAGCUACAAAAUUUGUAGAAAGAACACAUGCUGUUUCAAUGGUGUCUCUAGCUCAGGUGUUAGGAUUUGUAGUAGGUCCUGGUUUGCAAGCUGCAGUUACACCUCUUGGAGAAAAGGGCGUAUAUUUUAUAAAUGUACCUAUUAAUAUGUAUACUAUGACUGGUUGGAUAAAUGUUAUAAUGGGAAUCCUUAAUUUUGCUUUAUUCCUUCCAUGGAAUUUCACAGAACAUCGAAUUGCUAUUCGCGAGGCAAUGAGAAAUGAAGGAAAACAAACUGAAGAAGAAACCCUGAAGUCUAUAAAACCAGACAUUCUGGCAGCAGUGACAUUAAUAUGUGCUUUUUUUGUUUUAGUAUUUAAUUUUGUCCUCCUUGAAACACUUGGUACUUCUUUAACUAUGGAUCAAUUUGCAUGGUCGAAAACGGAAUCUCUAUAUUAUAUGGGUCUACUAAUGAGUAUUGGGGCUAUUAUGUCAUGUAUCACAUUUGUUAUGAUCGAACCUUUAUGCAAAAGAUUUAAUGAACGUAAGGUAAUGUUGUGGGGUGGAUUUUUGUUUAUGGUAAUAGGAAGAAUUUUAUAUAUUCCAUGGGGGCCAGACCCUCCGAAAAUUGCUGAUUACGGACCAUUUAACAACAUUACAAAAGAUGCCGAUGGUAUAGACAUCGUAGGAUGUCCACAUACUCAAGAAUGGUGUACCUAUACACCGCAACUUACCGUCACACAGUUUUUCAUUGGGUACGGAUUCACUACUAUAGGAUAUCCAUUAGGUGUCACUUUAAUACAAACUAUCUUCAGUAAAGUAUUAGGACCUCGUCCUCAAGGAGUUUGGAUGGGAUUUAUGACAGGUGCUGGAUGUGCUUCUCGUGUGUUAGGUCCAAUAUUUGUUAGUGUAAUUUAUACUCGUUUUGGAACAUAUCAUACGUUUGGUGUUACUGGUUUAACAUUGAUAAUAUGUAUGAUAUGGUUACAAAUUGUAAACGAACGGUUGGUUCCGCCAAAAGUAAUAAUUCCAUCAAAAGACGCGGAAAUUCCAUUAGUUCACUUCAAAUCUAAUGAUGCUCAAGGAUCAAAUGAUUCACAUAAAAAUAACAAAAAUGAGGGAUGUGAUAAAGUGUAGUGAGUACUACACUCUAAGUUCGAUUUUAUUUUUUUCGAGCUUAUAUACAUAACAUAUGGCUGCCAUUAAGAGUUUAAUAUAAAUGCAAUUAUGAUAUUACGAAAUGCAAGUAUAUUUUUUAUGGAUAUUUACAGGUUUUUUAAAAUACAUAUUUUAUAUACAUAAAUAUGUAGGUAACAAUGAAAGAAUAUAACCAGGGUCGUGUAAUUUUUAGAAUAAUAUAAUGUAAGUAAUGAACUUGUUCAGUUUUAGACUCAAUCUUAUAAAGUAAAAUUACAAAAUGAAAAUGAUAUAUAAUACAAUAUGAUAAAAAAAAAAAAAGAAUUCUACAACACUUAUUACGAUUUUAUGAUAUGAUUCAAUACAUGAAAAUUAUACAAGUAUACACACGCAAGUAUAUUUUUUAUGGAAAAAUUUGUUUAAAAACAUUGUGUAUAGUUUUUAAAUUUAUAUGAAUAUACCUAUCAUAAUAACAUAGAAAGACUGAUAUUUAGCUCAAUUUAUAUAAAAAUAAGAGUGCAAUUAAAUUUAACAGUUACAAAUGUUUUUCACAGAAUAAUCUGGAUUUGUAAGUACUUACCAUAAAUAAUUGAAUGAUGUUUUGUACUACAGUUGAAUAAACUCAGUGAGUAUUAUGAAUGAAAAAAGUUGGAUAAGGUUACAAAUUAAAAAAAAAUUAUAAAUUUUUGCAUUAAAAUAAUUGUAGUUAGUGAAGUACGUUUUACUAAAAUGUAUAUAUAUUUGCUAAAAUAAUUAUAUAAAACGACGUGUGCAAUAAAGGAUGCGCCUAAAGCAA